UAGCAUCGAAAUCACCCACCACCAAAUCAGAAAUCGGCCCCUGGAUUGGCUUCAUCCGCCGGUGGCGACGCCCGUCAGGUUUUCCGGCGGCCAAGCUUGGCCCGACGACGGGGCCUGCCUGGCGCGUUCGAUUCCGGCGGCAUCGUCGGUGCGAUGGAGACGGGGCGCCGCCGGCAGCGGGGGCCGGGUUGUGGCGGCGGCCCGACCAGCAAGACAGUGGGCUUGCGGGAGCGGACGCCCACGCCGCCUCGCUCAUGGGCUCAUGGCUUAUUGCGAAGAAGAGGUGUGAACGUCUGAACGAAGCAGAGGUACUCACUGCUCUGCUUCAGUCCAACCUCCACUGCAGUGCCUCGGAGAGUAGCGUGAUCAAGAUCAGUGUCCUGUAUUUGUCGAGAAGCAAUUCGUCGAAAUUAAAAAGGAAAAGGGGUUUUCAAACAUAAGUCUGUCCCUCGCUGAAAUUAGCACAGCUCGAAGGACCUUUGGAGAUGCAUUACCCGGCCUGCAACCAACAGCUCCACGUCUAUCCCCUCACUGAACUCGAAUCAUGCAUACGCUGGAUGCUACUUUAUUACCAACAAAAGCCAAAAGAAGAAGAAGAAGAAAGGAAUACUACUUGAUCCGUUCAGCACUUGGCGUCGUUUCCAGCUAUAAUCUUUGGUUCGUAUCAUUUGAAAUGACCUUGGGAAACAGCCUUGGCAGGAAAAGAAGUGGAAUGAUGCUGUUUUGGACAAAAGUAGAUGCUUUGCCUGGCCUGCAAGGACCAUUGAUGCUCUCUCUCGUACUCCACGCGACCUAAAAUGAGUGCAGUGUACUCAAAGGUUAAGCUCUGCAGAGAAAGCAACAGACUACUCGCAAAGGUCAAUAUCUCCUGAUCUAGCAUAGCACCAACGCCUCUGAUCACUACACGAAAACACCAAGAAGAAUGGAGGCAACGGCGGUUAGCGUGGGCAAAGCCGUGCUUGAUGGCGCGCUGGGCUACGCCAAGUCGAAGGCGGUGGAGGAAAUCACGCUGCAGCUCGGCGUCGAGCGCGAUGUUGACUUCAUCAAGGAUGAGUUGCAGAUGAUGCAGUCAUUUCUGAUGACGGCAGAUGAGGAGCAAAGCCAAAACAAGGUGCUCACCACCUGGGUGAAACAGAUCGGGGUCCUGGCCUACAAGGUGGAGGACAGCCUCAUGGAUUUUGGCCUCCACUCAGAGAAAAAGCCAUUUUUGGGGUGCAUCCCCCGCAAUCUGGGUGAUCGACGUCGCAUAGCCAAGGAGGUGAAGGAGCUGAGGGCCAAAGUGGAGGACGUGAGCAACAGGAACCUGCGGUAUCGCCUCAUUAAGGAGAGCUCAGGCUCCAAGCCUACCAUGGCAGAGGAGCAGGCCAACAUUGCCACUGCAGCAAUGUUUGGCAUCAACGAAGCAAGACUUGCCGCCCUGGAGCAUGAAAAAUCAUCAGAGGUGGACCUCCACCAGCUGAUUACUAGCUACGAUGUGGACCUUAGAGUGAUCACCAUGUGGGGUAGUAGCGGUGAUCUUGGGAAGACGUCGGCCAUCCAGGAGGUCUAUGAUGACCCGAAGAUAUUGGAAAGGUUUGGAUUCCGUUCUUGGAUUAGGUUGAUGCAUCCUUUCAAUCCACAAGAGUUCCUCCGGAGCUUGGUAAGGCAAUUUAAUGAAAACUCCCUUGAGGAGAUUGGACAGCCUGAACAAGAAACAAGUGUCGGGGCUAAUGUUCUGGCCAAGAUGGAGAAGAUGGAGCAAAGUGAUUUAGUCCGGGUGUUUAAUGCGAAGCUGUGUAGCAAUAGCUACCUGAUUGUGAUUGAUGACCUAUCCACAAUAGUGGAAUGGCAUUGCAUUAAAAAGUACUUUCCCGACAACAAGAAACAAAGUCGAAUCAUUGUUUCGACGCAGCAAGCUGAAAUUGCAAGCUUGUGCACAGAGAAACCAUUACAAGUUUCAGUGUUGAAGCAGUUGUCAUGUGAUCAAACUAUUUAUUUGUUCCACAAGAAGAAUUCAGAGGAGCAGAUCAGCAUGAGCAGUGUUCGUGUGGAAAUGUACGACACCAACGACGAAGCAAUGCUUGCUGCUGUGGAGGAGGAGAAACAGAAGGCUAUGCAUGCAUCUUGUUCCCUCGAGACUACUUUUGACUCAAAGAAAGUUACUACUACUGAGAAACGGACAACAAUGCUCACCAUUGAAAUACAUGAGGAAGACCAUGAACUUAAUAAUGGAGGUGAUGAAAAAGUUCAUAACUCAACUGCUAGAAAGAAGUCUGACCGCAGCAGGACAAUGGCACUGGCUGAUCAAGUGCUCUGUGGGCGAGAAACAGAGAAAUCUAUUCUUAUCAAAUUAGUUGGCCAACCAGACAACAAUCAAGGCUCUAAGGUGAUCUCAGUUUGGGGAAUGGGGGGUCUUGGAAAAACCACUCUUGUCCGAAGCAUCUACCGAAGUCAGCAGCUUGGUGGCUGGAAGCGUGCAUGGGCCACUGCAUUGCGUCCUUUUAACCCUGAAGUACUCCUUAGAGAUUUGGCUUUGCAGCUUCAGAAUACUAUUCAAGAAGAUCCUGCCGGAUCAACAGCAACUGGAGUGCAAAAGAAAAACAUAUCAGUGAUGAAACUUCAAGACUUGAAGGAUGAGCUUGCUCGAAUACUAAAAGUACAAAAGUGCCUUGUUGUUCUUGAUGAUAUAUUGUCCACUUCUGAAUGGGAUUUGGUCAAAUCGUGUUUGCAUAAUGUUGGAAGGAUCAUAGUCACCACAAGACAAAAAGAUGUUGCCAAACAUUGUUCAAGAGAAGACAAGAACAUGUACUGUCUUGAAGGUCUGAAAGAUGCUGCUGCACUUGACCUCUUCAUAAAGAAGGUAUUCAAGGACAAUAUUGAAAAAAAUGAUUUAGUCCCAGCUAUGAUGGAGCAAGCAAGACUCAUCCUACAUAAAUGUGAUGGACUUCCCCUUGCAAUAUCAACUAUCGGUGGAUUCCUAGCGAGCAAGCCAAAAACUGCUAUUGAAUGGAGGAAGAUGAAUGAUCGAAUUGGCACUGAAUUGGAGAUAAAUCCUGAACUUAGGACAAUAAAGACAAUUCUUAUGAGGAGCUAUGAUGGUUUGCCAUACCAUCUCAAGUAUGCUUUCUUAUACCUAUCCAUAUUUCAGGAAGACCAGAGAAUUAGGUGGGGUCGCUUGGGGAGGCGGUGGACGGCAGAGGGUUAUUCAAGGGAUAUGCAUGGCAUGACUGCAAUUGAACUGUGUCGGACGUACUUUGAUGAGCUCUUGGAUAGGAGUAUGAUCCUGCCAGGGGAAGGGACAUACCAAUACAGUCAGAAAAUCAAUUCUUGCCAACUUCAUGAUAUGAUCCGUGAAAUAUGCAUCUCAAAGGCUAGGGAGGAAAACCUUAUUUUGACGCUGGAGGAAGGAUGUUGUUUGAGUGACACACAAGGUGCAAUACGUCAUCUUGUCAUUGGCAGCAACUGGAAAAGAGAUAAAGAUGUGCUGGAGAGCAUGCUAGACUUGUCACACGUACGGUCAUUGACCGUGUUCGGAGAGUGGAGACCAUUUUUCAUCUUUGAUAAUAUGAGGUUCCUCCGAGUGCUUGACUUGGAAGACACCGUAGGGCUAAGGGAUCAUCAUCUUGAUAAAAUCGGGCAGCUCCAUCACCUCAAGUACCUUUCUCUACGAGGAUGUCGCUGUAUUUUAUACCUGCCUAAUUCUUUGCAGAAUUUGAAGCACCUCCAAACACUUGAUGUUAAAGGUACACAGAUAAUUGAGUUGCCAAGAACAAUCACCAAUCUUAGCAAGUUACAGCACCUUCAUGCAACUGGUUUUUGGACCAGAGGAGACGAUGUCAAGGGAGAUGACAUCGUAGAUAAAUAUUCAGGUUACAGAUAUCGUAGUCCUAGAUGUCAAACAUGCAGCGUAUUGUCCAGAGGUCAUCUUUUUUUGAGACCACAAGUUUUAGAUGCUGGUUUGAACAGGCAUGAUAUAUUCAAUCUAGACCGCUUCCAGGAGAGGCAUCUAGAUGAUGUUAUACUUCCUAGAGGGAUUGGCAAAUUGAAGGCCCUUCACUCACUAGGUUUCGUUGAUGUCUCCGGGAGAAAUGGAAAUGCCACUGUAAAAGAGUUUGGAGAGCUUACUCAGCUACGUAAGCUUAAAGUGGGUGGUCUGAGCUAUAGAAACAUCAGUGAGUUAUGGUCUGCCAUUGCUGGUCAUAAUCAACUUAAAACUUUGUCAGUUAAAAUAGGUAACCCGCAUCCAGAGAGGAAUGAAUUAGAUGGCUGUUUGAGUGAGGAUUUGUUGCCACCAAGCAGUCUUGAGAGCCUCGCUCUGCAGGGUAAGCUAGUCAAUGUAACAGAAUGGAUCCAUAAGCUUCAGAAUCUCUCCAAGUUGGUGCUAAGCAAUAGCAGAUUGGAGCAAGUUGAUGAUGCCAUACAAGCCCUCGGGGUGCUACCAAAUAUCGCGGUACUACGCCUGCACUAUAAGUCGUUCAGGGGGACACAACUCCAUUUCCAGAGGUCAUCUUUCCCUAGCCUCAUGGUGCUGGAGCUCCAUUACUUAGACAACCUCCAGUCGGUGGUGUUUGAAGAAGACACAAUGCCCAAGCUUGAGCUGCUACAAAUUGGUGUGUGCAAAGAGCUGAAGGACAUCUCCGGGCUGCCAGCCCUCAAAAGCCUCAAAGAAAUUCAGUUGCCUGCUGCUAGUGGCCUUUACAGGAAAAUAUUUGAGGCGCAGAGGGAAGAGGUGGAGAGGCAGGUAGCGGACCACGUGAGAGUGAACACUAUUGACUGACUAUUACACACUCUCUCUCUCUCUCUGUGUGUGUGUGUGUGUACUUCUCCUGUAUUCUACUCCCUCCGUAAACUAAUAUAAGAGUGUUUAGAAUACUAAAAUAGUGAUCUAAACGCUCUUAUAUUAGUUUAGAGAGGGAGUACUAUACAUACAGUAGGACUAGUAGUUGAUGUAUCGGUUACAAAAACUAGGUCACUCAGCGGUAUACAGCAGGGACUGUACGUAAGUCUGUAUUGCAGCAGUGGUUUCCGCAGAUCCAUAUAUGUGUAUAUUUCAGUAUUAUGCCCCAUUGGCUACAUACAGUGUUCUAUUUUAAAAGCCGGUCAUAUAGUGUUCCGAGAUCACCAGAUUCCAGAGUAUGACCAAACGUAGUAAAGCAACAAAAGUCUGAACAUUCAGAGGCUGCUAGCCAAUAAAAUUCUGUAAGACUGAAGUGGAGCAAGCAGCAGAGAUAUCACCCUCACUAACUUGUUCCUUUUUGGUAAGAAGAUAAAGAUCAUCAUACAACUCCGAGCUACAGAACUCUAAUGGCUGAAUAUUGGAUAUCAUGACUGUAUCUAUGUAGGAUGGUAUGGCAGGCAAAGAACUGUCAGCAGCACAGCCCAGAGAAAAAGCAGAGGUUUGACUUUGACACAUUGCCAACAACCUGGACAUGUUAACCCCUGGAUACAUAUAUGUAUGUUCUUGAGAGUUGAGACUGAAUUUAACUUCACAACUGUUUA